AUGGCUACUGAACUCAAGAAGCUUUCUAAGCAGGAGCGUUUUUGCAUGGAUUCCCUAAAAAAUCUGGAAAGGUCGAUCGGAAGGUAUAAUGAGGAGACGGAUAAAAAUAUGCUCGAAACUUGGAAGGAAUAUUUAGAAGAAAUUAAUUGUGAAUUCAGGAGCGUUAGGUUAGAGUUAGAAUUAUUAGAUGAAUUUCAAGAGGCACUAGAACAAUCAAUCAAGGGCGAGGAAGGUCGUAGUGAAUCCAUCGAGGAUAUUAAUCAAUCCACGCGUGCUGAAUUUGAGCUUCUGUACCUAAAAAUUAAAGGAUUUCUCGGUUCGAAAAUGCAAAAACCAUCAACAUCCACUGCCAUAGCCGUGCAGCCAAUUACCCAUACCGUACAGUCUCGAGUGAAACUUCCGGAAAUAAAACUUCUGCAUUUCGAUGGAUCCAUUAGGGAAUGGCCCACGUUUAGAGAUACCUUCCAGUCGCUGAUAGGUUCCACACCUCAGCUAAGCAAUGUUGAUAAAUUUUCAUAUUUAGUAUCAUCCUUAUCGAAAGAUGCUAAGCGGGUAAUCGAAGUGAUCGAGGUCACAGCGGCCAACUACUCUGUCGCGUGGGACUUAUUAGAAAAGAGAUACGAGAACAAAUAUCUCUUAGUAAAAUCGUACGUGGAAGCCCUUUUUGCCGUAGAAUCCAUGAGAAAAGAGUGCCACGAGUCUCUUAAUAAAUUGAUUGAUGAAUACGAACGUAAUCUAAAGAUGCUCGAGAAGGUGGGUGAGCAUCCGGACGACUGGAGUACCAUCCUCGUAUUCAUGCUCAGUUCGCGGCUUGAUUCCGCCACCAUGCGUAAUUGGGAGACGCAUCGGAGAUCAACUAACGUCCCUACGUACAAGGAACUCAUCGAGUUUUUGCGGAGUCAUAGUUUAAUCCUUCAAUCUGUUGCUGCAGCUAAGCCUCGACCGUCAGAUACUCCUCGCACGUCUCUCUCAUCUCGUUCUAACACUACCAAGCUAACCUCAGCGCAUUCAGCCAUGUCGACACCGCAGAAAACUUGCCCCUUCUGCAAACAGUCAUCGCAUUCACCGUUCCAGUGUGAAAUCUUUCGCAAAAUGACCGCUACAGAGCGGUUCGAAGCCACUAAGAAAAAUGCACUCUGCAUUAAUUGCCUUUCGCCUUCACAUCUCGUCAAGAACUGUGCGAGUGGAGCCUGCCGCGUGUGUAACCAUAAACAUCAUACGAUGCUGCAUCAACGAACCAAUUCGUCUAAUAGUCAAACAAACCAGCCUCAAGCAUCGAAGCCUUCGUCAUCUGGUUCGCAGUCAUCCUCUUCGUCCUUCACUCCAGCAAAUCACUCACAGUCUGCUCAAGCAAACAAACCAUCUACGUCUCCAGAGAACCCAGCCCCCACAGUCACUGCCCUUUCGGCAAGCCACUUUUCGUCAGCACCCAACGAGCAGCAGCAUGUCGUCCCUACCACGGUGUUACUAUCAACAGCUCUCGUGAAGGUCUUCAAUCCUACCGGACAGUCCCUUUGGGCCCGUGCUCUUCUGGAUUCGGGGUCGCAGCUUAAUUUUAUAUCGGAGCAGCUUGUUCAAAAAUUGAGGCUGAGGCGUAACAAGGAAUUCAUCCCAAUCAGUGGUGUUGGACUUUCGUCUACGUUGUCUAAAUAUUCUACUACCGUUCGAAUCCAGUCCCAUCGCGCUGAUUUUGAUACCAGUUGGAAAUUUCACGUUCUUUCCAAGAUUACGAUGGAGUUACCAAAUCAAGUGAUCGACGUCUCCAGCCUAAAGAUUCCAUCAGACAUCCUGCUAGCGGAUCCCUCGUUUAGUCAACCUGGUCCUAUAGAUCUGAUCUUCGGAGUAGAAAACUUUUACGACCUGCUGAAAGAUGGCCAACUGAAGAAUGGUCCCGAAACACCUAUUCUCCAAAACACUGCACUGGGAUGGGUGGUAUCUGGGAAAGUCAGAUCUGGAAAAAUACAGUCAUCAGUCGCUAAUUUCGCUUUUUCGACUGGUACAAUCGAGGAACAGUUGGCUCGAUUUUGGGAAAUCGAAUCUUGCCACACUACCAGUACCCUUUCCUUGGAGGAAGCUGCAUGCGAGGAGCAUUUUGCCAAAACCACCACGCGAGAUCCCACCGGUCGCUUCGUCGUCACACUUCCGAAACGGGAAGCAGCAUUUGCUAAACUCGGCAGUUCGAAAGAAAUUGCUACUCGUCGCUUCUUAGCUUUAGAACGUCGACUUCUCGCUAACCAGACUCUAAAAGAAUCCUACGCAGCAUUCAUUCACGAGUAUGCCGAGCUCGGACACAUGAAGCUGAUAACCAACCCUGAUCCUGCACUACAAACCUACUAUUUACCCCACCAUUGUGUCGUGCGACCAGACAGCAUCACCACGAAGUUAAGAGUAGUGUUCGAUGCAUCCUGUCCAACGGAUACUGGAGUAUCUCUUAACGAUGUCCUCAUGGUUGGCCCGCAAGUACAGGACGACCUGGUAGUCAUACUCCUUCGAUUUCGGUUUCCUCAGUACGCGAUCAUCUCCGACAUCGAGAAGAUGUACAGACAAAUUCUCAUGUCUCCUCCCGAUCAACAACUCUUACUCAUUCUUUGGAGAGAUUCGCCGUCGGAACCCAUCAGGACUUACCAGCUAACUACCGUAACAUACGGUACUUCAUCGGCUCCUUACCUUGCGACCAAAUGCUUACAAAAACUUGCGGAAAUCGGAUCCAAGAGCCAUUCUGUUGCUGCUGCUGUAGUGGGCAAGGAUUUUUAUAUGGACGACUUACUCACAGGCAACCACACUGUCGAAGAAGGUCAAGAGUUAAUUCAACAACUUCUCCAACUGAUGCAAUCGGCUGGACUUCCGCUUCGUAAAUGGGCUUCCAAUAGCCCAAGCAUUCUCCAAGUCGUUCCAGAAACCCUAAGGGAUGAGCGUACAUUAUUAGAUAUUGAGCCAUCUUCGCCAGUAAAAACCCUCGGACUACAAUGGGACACUCGUGCUGAUGAAUUUCGUUUCGAGGUACCGCAGCACAGUAAAAGUCUUCCGAUCACCAAGCGAAUCGUCCUAUCGGACAUUGCGCGGCUUUUUGACCCGCUGGGACUCGUCGGCCCAGUGGUAGUACAAGCGAAAUUGUUCAUGCAAGAACUCUGGAGAGAGGGAAAAGCCUGGGAUGAAGAACUCAGCGACUCCGCUCAACGUCAAUGGAUAGAACUACGUGACAACCUCGAAGGUCUUGGGCAGCUUAGUGUUCCACGAUGGGUAAUAGCCACCCCGUCUGCCGUAUCAUUGCAGUUGCACGGCUUCUGCGAUGCCUCUACGCGUGCCUAUGGUGCAUGCAUCUACGUCCGAGCAGUCUUGUCGAACGGAGACAUCUUUGCCAACCUGCUCACUGCCAAGUCUAAAGUGGCCCCACUUGGAAACUCUAAACGAAAUCCCACGGUCUGCCUGCCUCGACUCGAGCUUUCUGCGGCUCUGCUUCUUAGCCACCUUUUCGAAAAGGUUGAAUCCAGUGUGAAUCUUCAAGCAAAAGGUUUCUUUUGGACAGACUCGACAAUAGUAUACCACUGGCUGUCAUCGAGCCCCUCGCGUUGGAAAACCUUUGUAGCGAACCGGGUUUCGGAGAUCCAGCAAUUAACGGCCAAAGGAAUCUGGGGACACGUACCUGGCUUGGAAAAUCCCGCUGACGUCAUAUCCCGUGGAAUGUCUCCCAACGAGUUGAAGGAUUUCGCUGCAUGGUGGAAUGGUCCUGACUGGCUUCGUCAACCACCUAGAUUUUGGCCUUCACUUAGUGCCCCAGUACAACCAGAGUGUCCACCGGACCAGUUAGAAGAAAAAUCUAUAGCGCUACCGGUUCAAGUUUUACCUCCCAAUGAAUUAUUUUCGUUAUAUUCAUCGUUUACAAGGCUCCUACGUAUCACUACGCUGAUUCGCAGAUUUAUUCACAACUCAAACCCACAGAAUCGAGAAGUACGUCGUAAUGGACUCGUCACCACGGCUGAACUCCGUGAAGCAACGGAAAAUCUCGUUAGAAUCGCACAGGUAGAGCGGUUUACUCAAGACUUCGCAGACAUAGCUCGCGAUGGACAGGUCAAAAAGAAUUCAAGGCUGAAGGCUUUAUCUCCGCUGUUAUCCAAUGGCAUAUUGCGCGUCGGUGGCCGGCUGAGAAACGCUCCAGUAACAUACAACCAACGUCAUCCGAUGAUCCUGCCAAAUAGACAUCCGCUUACUGACCUGAUCCUGAAGUUUUAUCAUCUCAACAAUUUCCAUGCUGGACCUCAGCUAAUGACAGCAGUAGUUCGGGAACGAUUCUGGCCACUUCGUGUUCGCGAUCUCGCUCGGCAGGUAGUGCAUUCCUGUGUAAAAUGUUUCCGUUGCAAACCAGAAGUUAUGGAACAGCUCAUGGGAGAACUACCACCAGAACGUGUAACGCCAGCCUUUCCAUUCCUUCGAACGGGAGUCGACUACUGUGGACCUUUUUUCUACCGCGCAUUACAACGAGGACCUCCAGUGAAAUGCUAUAUUGCUAUCUUCGUAUGUCUGGUAACCAAGGCUGCGCACGUUGAAUGUGUUGCAGAUCUAUCGAGCCAGGCAUUCAUUGCCGCUUUAAAACGCUUCGUAGCCCGACGGGGCAAACCAGACCUGAUCGAGUGCGACAAUGCUCUAAACUUCAGAGGUGCCAAGCGCGAGCUAGAUGAGCUCGUUCGGUUGUUCGGAUCUCAGCAUCAUCAACACCUCAUAGCUAGCAGCUGUGCCGACGAUGGCAUCACGUUCAAGUUCAUACCACCGAGGUCUCCAAACUUUGGCGGGCUCUGGGAGGCCGCCGUAAAGUCUCUCAAGAAGCAUCUCCGGAGCACUCUUGGCAACGUUAUCCUAUAUCUGGACAAUUUCUUAACUCUAAUCACGCAAAUUGAAGCCUGUCUCAAUUCUCGCCCACUCACACAGCUUACAGCUGACCCCAACGACCUGGAGGUGCUCACUCCUGGGCAUUUUCUGGUUCACCGUGCGCUUAUCGCUGUUCCCGAGCCUAGUUUGGAAGGCACACCAAUGAAUCGCCUCGACAGAUGGCAGCAGACACAUGAGUACGUCCGUCGUAUUUGGAAACAAUGGCAGACUGAUUACCUCUCUGGGCUGCAACCUCGGACACGCUGGACCCAGCAACGGGACAAUGUCAACCUGGACACGAUGGUUCUGCUGAAGGACGAAAAUCUUCCACCGCUCAAGUGGAGACUGGGACGCGUGACGCAAGUAUUCAGGGGCGAUGACAACAACAUUCGUGUAGUCACAGUCCGGACGAAAGAAGGCGAAUUCCGGCGUGCCAUCACGAAAAUCUGCGUAUUACCCAUCCAACAACCAAGCGGAGAUCCGGCAUCGUCCGCUGAUGAGCAAGAAGGAAUCUAG